GUUUUGUCUUAGCGGUCUAGGUCUCUUGAGAAAUACUCAUUUUGUGUUUGAAACGGCUUCUUUACGGUGCUCAUAUUGUCUCAGCGGGUGCUAGUGUUUCCAUCUGCGACGCAGUACAGUGCACAAAGUGUUUGUACUGAAUUAACUUUACUCGUUUGCUGGUGGAAGUUGCACAUUACCUUUUAUCACGGCUAUGAACGGCCAUGGUUAACAUCAUGAUGGGUACGCAAGCCCUAUCAUUGAAGAACCAGCUUGUUAACGGGCAACCCUUGAACUAACAAACGUGAAACAGGCGGAAGAAACUUGUCUCUUCAACCUGAACAGAGGCCAAAGAUAGGGUCGCCAGUAAAUCCAGCAGCACCUCAGUGUUCUCCGAGCCCGCUCUCACUCUCGAUAUAAUUUGAGGCAUCCUCAUGGAUCCACUCCACUCCUCAAUUUCUCCACUUCCAAGCUAUCUAGCGGCAGUCCAUAAUAUGUUCUCGACAAUUAUGUGGCUUCUCUUAUUGGUUUUAGCUGUUUGGAGGCUUGCUCAUGCUCGUCGUCUGAGACGUCGCUCCAAGGGCUUCCCAUAUCCCCCUGGCCCAGUGGCCGGUGGCCUUGUUGCUUACCCCCUCCUUCGCCCGCACCCGAAAGAAUCACUUCCUUGGAAGAAAUUAUUCGAAAUGCGGAACACUUACGGGAACAUUAUUCGUUUCAACCUCUUUGGCCGUCAGAUGGUUGUUCUUAACAGCUACGACGUAGCCAAGCACAUGCUUGAGAAGGACGCGGCGAUCUAUUCGAAUCGUCCUACGAUGGCUAUGUUUGGGGAAUUGAUGGGUUUCUCAGAAAGCUUUGCCCUUGCCCCUUAUGGAGCCCUUUGGAGGGAGCACCGGGGGCUACUUCGCCAAGUGAUCGCCAAAGGUGCGAUGGCUGAAUUUCAUACUGAACUCCAGGAGUCAGCACUCCACAUACUUGCCGAUGCUCUUAAUAAUCCGCAUGAAGUGACCGAAAGUCUUCGUUUUCGCAUUGGCGCAAUGAUCCUCAAGACGACAUACGGAAUAACGGUCAUAUCCCCCGAAGAUCCGUAUUUGAAGGACGCCGAAAAAUUGGUUCAAGCAAUCACUUCCGGCUUGUUUGGCCGAUAUCUCGUUGACUUCUUCCCUUUCCUCGCUCAUAUUCCCAGUUUUUUCCCAUUCGCUGGGUUCAAGAAGGAAGCCAAAUAUUGGCGCGCCGCUCGCGCGGAGCUUAUGAAUCGACCCUUUGAGUACGCAACGUCUCAGGAAAGGAAGAGAACCGAAUCGUCGUGCCUUGUGAAUAGACUCUUAUCGUCUGGGAAGAGUCCGGAUUCUGUUAAAAACGCCGUCGGCACUUUCUAUGCUGCUGGGAUCGAAUCGACGGCCACGGUGAUCAACGCAUUCCUUAUCUCCAUGAUGCUCUUUCCUGCAGUACAGCGAAAAGCACAGGAGGAAUUGGACUCAGUACUGGGGACCUCGGCUAGGAAUGAAGUCCUACGUUUACCAACAUUUGAUGACCGGCUCCCCUACCUCGAGGCCUUGAUCAAGGAGGUAUAUAGAUGGCACCCAGCAACCCCAAUGGGCCCGGGUCACGCGCCAAUUCACGAUGAUGUUUUUGAGGGUUAUUUCAUCCCAGAGGACUCGUUCAUUAUGGCAAAUCAGUGGGGGAUGAGCAGGGAUGAAAAUUAUUACCCUGAUCCUGAAGAAUUUAGACCUGAACGCCACUUGGGUAAAACUCCAGCUCUGAAUCCAAGGGAGAUUAGCUUUGGGUUUGGGAGAAGGAAAUGCGUCGGUUCGCACUUUGCAGACGCUGUCAUCUUCAUCACGGUUUCAUCCAUUUUAUCAACCUUCAAUAUCUCCCAGCGCGUCGGAGAGGGUUGCAUCGAACCUGACCUCCGUAUAGGCCACGCAAAUGUAAUCGACAACGUAGCUUGCAAUUUGACGCCUAGAUCUCUCGGUGCUGCUGCACUCAUUAAUGCAACACUCGAAUCUCUUGAUAAUAUCUUCCGCAGGCAAGGAGCUCAGGCUAAACAAUGA